AUGGCGAGAGGGAAGAUCCAGAUCAAGAGGAUAGAGAACCAGACAAACCGACAAGUGACGUAUUCCAAGAGAAGAAAUGGUUUGUUCAAGAAAGCUCACGAGCUCACGGUUUUGUGUGACGCUAGGGUUUCGAUUAUCAUGUUCUCUAGUUCCAACAAGCUUCAUGAGUUUAUCAGCCCUAACACCACAACGAAGGAGAUCAUAGAUCUGUACCAAACAGUUUCUGAUGUUGAUGUUUGGAGUGCUCACUAUGAGAGAAUGCAAGAAACCAAGAGGAAAUUAUUGGAGACAAAUAGAAAUCUUCGGACUCAGAUUAAACAGAGGCUAGGUGAGUGUUUAGACGAGCUUGAUAUUCAGGAGCUGCGUAGUCUUGAGGAAGAAAUGGAAAACACUUUCAAACUCGUUCGCGAGCGCAAGUUUAAAUCACUUGGGAACCAAAUCGAGACCACCAAGAAAAAGAACAAGAGUCAACAAGACAUACAAAAGAAUCUCAUACAUGAGCUGGAACUAAGAGCAGAAGAUCCUCAUUAUGGACUAGUAGACAAUGGAGGAGACUACGAUUCAGUUCUUGGAUAUCAACUUCGCUUCCAUCAGAACCAUCACCACCAUUACCCCAACCAUGCCCUUCAUGCAGCAUCUGCCUCUGAUAUCAUUACCUUCCACCUUCUUGAAUAA